AGCUAAUUUCCAAUUCAGACACACCUUGUUUUUGUCAAGUUAAGUAUACCUGCACACCCAGCUAAAGAAACAGACCCUAUAGCUUAUUGCAGCUAAUUCAGUCAUGGAGCAUCCCAACACUGGAAAGAUGAUGGCAAAGCUCAGCAAGCUUCCACAAUUCAACAGAAGGCAAAUAGAGGAGCAACAGCAAAUAGCCAUGGAGUUCACUAGCCCAGAUAUGCUGCAGAUGAAAUUCAGUCACUUGUUGGAUGCAGGGAACCAGUUUAUGGCAGACAUGUCUCGAGGGGAAGAGAAUCCUCUCUUAAACACUCUGGAGCGAAAAGAAAACCACCAAAAAAUGAAGCAAAGAAUUGUUACGGCCUGUAACUUCCCGAUACGACUGUCUUUGCAAAAGAUACCCGAAGAAAGAUUUCCACUAGCGCAUACUUUUACUUCAAUGCUGAGGUUUGAAUACGGCCCCUUCCAUGCUGCACUCAUUAUUAGUGACGUGACGAUUGAAUGGGGGAGAGCUGGUAUUGUACGGCCUCGCUUUGAGCCAAGAAUGGAGGCUGAUUUCCAAGCACUAGUGGGAGAGAACGGGGAAUGGAAAUCGAGAGAAGACAAUUUUGUGCGUCAGAUGAGUAUGGCCAACAAACGUGGUAGCAGUGUGGAGAAGCUGGAAGUCCUGUAUCAAUCAAUGUCGGAGAAGGUACAAAUGAUAAGCAGGCUAAUUGAUGUUAUCGUAGAUUACAACCGCAACAAAGAAUUCAAUGUUUUCACAUGUAACUGCCAACACUUUGCACGCGAUGCCAUGGCCGCUCUCGGGAUAAAGAAGCCGGUUAGAUUCGAGGGACUACUCCAACAGAGAUUUGAGCAGCUGAAACGAGGGAAAGUUCGAGUUCCCUUAGAGCUAAAGACACACGACAAUCUCGAUGCGCACGUGGCAGCAUUCAAACAAGAGCUCGACAGACAGGACAUGGAGUAUCUUCAGUGCCUCUAUUUCAGUUUCCAUCUUCCAGCCAUCGAAGAGAGCGAGGAUCGAGAAAACUGGAAGUGUGACAUAGCCACAUGCAUGAGUGCAGAGCUUGAUUGGUCGAUCACUGAGUUGUCCAUCACACUGAAACCAUCUCAACUAGCAAGUACCGAACAGGAAGUACCCGCAAAAAAUGUUGUGUUCAACCAGACGAUAGUGUCUGAGGGAGUGUUUGGAGCAACCCCUGAUUCCAAGGUGGAAUGUUCCUUUUCUGAAUCGGCCAAUUUGGAAGUGAUAGGCACUGAGGUUCCUGAUGAUUUGUAUGCUGUCAAGUGUCUGGAGAUGAGUCUUCCUAAGCAGACAAAACUAGUGGGCAAGUUCAGAGGCUAUCGAGAGCAGGUCCUGUGCAAGUAUCGCCAGCACCAUCUCUACAUUUCAGAGGAAGAAUAUGAAAUGAUCGAAGUGCUGACAGAGAGGGAAAGGUUGUUCGAACGCUACUUCAACUCUUUUGUUGAAAGAAGUGAGCAGUACAUUAUGGCUAUUUCUGAAGACCACAAUAGGCUAGAAACACACACUCGAUCCUGGGACGAUGAUGUUAGCACUCGAAUUAGACAACGUUUUGAGAGUCUAUGCAAAGUUUCUUGCCAACUCGUAUACCGUGUUGAUUUCAAGAAGCACACCCUUCGAAAGCAAGUUUCUGACACGCCCCUCAGCGCUUUUCUCCGAGUGAAUAAUGUCACCUUAGAAUGGCUCACACCUGGGCUCAUGGUUCCGGUCCGAGGAGAUAAAGAAUCAGCUGACGUUGCGACAGUUGAUCAUAUUCUACUCCAUCAAGAUCUAUCAAAUGGUACUGAAUUUAGUCGAAAAAUUGAAAAUUGGAAAGCCCAAACCGAAACAGCCAUUGCAAAUCGAGACGUGAACACAAUAAUAUCAUUAUUGUAUGAGGUGACCACACAAAUAGAGAGAUGUGUACAUUCGUUACUAGAAGUUAUAGUGAGAUACAAUCGCUAUUCAAGCUAUCAUCACAAAAAAUGCAACAAUCUACACUUUGCUAACGAACUUCUCCGUACUCUAGGAGUGACUGACCAAUCUCCACCGAAUAUGUCCUUAAAGCAAUAUCUGCUGAGCCAGCCACUAUUCGUUACAUUCGAAGACAAAGACGUCACGAACCACACAGCUCUCGACAAAUAUGUCAUCAAAAAUCACACUAGCAAAAUACUGGUAAAGGAAAGAGAAUUUCUCAUCAGUAAGUACUUUGUAUUUCAUAUUGAGAACUGGAAGACAAUUGGCAAUGGGAAGAAAGAUUGGACUUGCCCUCUAGAAACAUGUCAGUUAUUGUAUUUACUACACACACAACAUAUAAUUUGAACAAUGAA